GAGUGCGUCGCCUCCCGGAGCUGGACCAGCGAGCCGGCGCUAACGUCCACUACACCCUGCUGAUCGCCUGCGUGCUCGUGGCCUUCUUCCUGGGCGCCAUCUUGUCGGGUUUCCUGGUGUCGUGCUACUGCAGCCGGAGCGCCGCUCACCGGGCCAGGAGGCUGGGGAAGGACCCCGAGGCGUCGCUGCCUCACGCCCUGUCGCUGAGGUCGCUGGCCAAGCUCAACGGGCUGCUGGACGGGCAGCCGAAGGAGGACAAACUGGACGUGUCCACACCGAAGAUGUAUAGUUCUUUCAUCCCCAACGGCCGGGCCGAGCCUCACCUCCACACCCCUGGACACCAGGGCCUGCCGCUGGGAGACCCCGACCUCAGCCUGUCCCAGUCUCUGUCUCAGGCGGAUGGAGAGCUCUCCGGCCUGCCCACACCCGACUCCACCCCGGAGCUCCCCAUCAAGAACAUGAAGGCCCUGCGGCACCAUCAGUACGAGAAGAACCAGAACUGCAACAACGCCAAGGACAACAACCCCAAGUCAGGGCCGAGCUGCUCUGGAUCCAGUCUGGGUUUCAUGGCUGUCGUUGGGAACUCUUUGACCCAGCAGGUGUAUCCCUUCUCCCAUCACCAUGGCAACAGUUUGAGCAACGGCUCGGCCCACGGAGCUGGAGCCUCCUCGACUUCCCUGCACCUUCCCGAGGAAAGGAAGAUCUCAAAUGAUGAGCGAGCAGCAGCAGCAGCAGCAGCAUCAGGAGGCGGAGUUGGAGUUGGAGGUGGAAGUGGAGGAGUCCCACAUCACCACCACUCCCAGCAGUCACUCCCCCAGACGGUGGUGGAUGUGUCAGCGCUGGACGAGCUGCUCAAACACAUCCACGAGGUCAGCGCGUCGGGAACCGGAGGCAUCAAGGUCCUUACCUCCACCUCCUCGUCUUCCCUGUUCCCUGGGCCAUCCUCCUCUGCCUCCGCCUCUGGAGGGCACAACCAUAAUCAUCAUCACCACCAUCAUCACAGUCACCACAGCCAGACCCGCACACACCACUACAACCACAGCCAUCACCAUAGCAACCACCACAAUAAUAACAGCAGCAGCAGCAGUCACCAUCACCAGCAGCAGAUCCCUGAGACAGAGUCGGCACCAUACUACAGCACCUCCACCCUGCCAAGAGAUGGCCUCCCCAAGCGCCUGGACGCACCUCCUCAAAACUCCACCUCAUCCUCUGCCACCUCCUCGUCUUCAUCGUCCUCGUCCUCCAACAACCCCACGUCCUCCACCUCCAUCCCUUCUUCCUCCUCUUCCUCCUCCUCCACUCCACUCCAGCAGCAGGUGAUUCCAGAAAGACCUGGAGGAGGAGGAGGAGGAGGAGGAGGCACUGGCGGCGGCGGUGGCGGUGUAUCUGUGACUCGCCACCACUCUCAGCGCCACUCCCUCAUUAAGAUGGGCAGCGGGGGCGGCGCCGUGCCCCGCCAUCACAGCUUCAACCAACGAGGGACACACGCGCACUUUCUAGCCAGGAUGAACACCAACAGCAGCUGCAACGGCCCCCCAGGUGCUGGUGCGGCAACCAACGCAAACAUCAGCACCAGUGGCGAGAGCCAGCGGGCGUCCAUCGCCAGCGCCUGCCUCACGCGGCAGCACAGUUACAGCGGAGGGCCACACGUGCAACGGGCGGCAAUCGUCCGGAGAACAGCGUCGCUCAAACCCCAAGUCCCACCAAAACCGCUUUUCCUGCCAAAUACAGCAACGUCGCCGGUAGCAGAGGCAGGAAAGUACCACUACUGAGACUGUAGGGAGGAAGUGGCGCCACUCCAACAUGGCUGCUGCAGUCCUCAUCGAGCAAAGCACUUCGAAACGCCUGCUGGGCCUGUGAGAAACGACAAAAUGAGAACACUGAUGGGCCAGAAACACACAAAAGACACUUGUCCCCAUCACUCCUCAUUACGACCCGUCAGUUGUGGUUAUUUUCCUGCUGCUGAGAGGACGCCGUCUGUCGCCUCUUCUGAGUCACGAACGCCGCCUCACUGACAGACACUCUGAGGAUCGCCAAAUAAACAACAUCUCUGACUCAUUUCUUCGGAGGUCGAGGCUAACAACAAACUACGGAUCAAAACCAGCUCUGACGAGAAACAUUCCAAAAGCAGGCCGAAAGAUGUUAAAGAUUCAAAAGGAGUCCCCAAGGCUCGAGAUGGCCUGAAAAUUCUGGAUUAAUGCAGUUUUCUUAUGAGCGCUUUGAUCUAAUGUCCCCGGUUGUUGCACCUUGGCACGGGGCCCGGAUUUCAUUUGCAAAGAUUUAAAAAGCAGGGAAUUGGACUGCUGCAGACCUGACAUGAACUGAAUCUGGGAGCGCUGCAUUGCUGCGAGUCCGACGAUGGUAUUUUCUUUUCACAGGAGAUAUCACACUGAAAUCAUAUUUAAAAAAAACCCAGUGGAUAAUUCCUACCUUUGCUUUGUUUGUUUCUGAGUCUGCUCUGGAAAAUUGAAAUCGACAGGAAAGCUUCACUCUCCUUUUCUGCGGAGGAAAAAAAAAAAGAAAAGAAAAAACGAAACGAGUUGAAAAGAGGAGACGAAACUGCAGCUUUUGUUUUCAUGCGCUCGAAGAGAUGGAGAUUUUUGCAGACCAACACUUCAGCUACACUCUGAGGAAAGAGACAUUAAUGCUGCCUGAGCUGUGGGAUCACAUAUAAGUGUCAAAACCCGGCAGCCGAUACCCUAACAGUACACAAACACCAGAUGAAUGCUCCUUUUUUUAUACCAUAUUGGUAUCUAAACAACAAAAAGCAGCCCAGCAGGUGAUCGAGGAGGAUUUCUGAUAAAUGCUUCCCUUAAAUUACUAAUUCAUGCUCAAUACACUUAAUGCUCCCUCAGUUUAAUAAUUUGUAAUUACUUAAUUGAUUCUCUUGAAUUAAUAAUUGCCCUCAAAUUAUUUCAUUUGCCUCCUGCAUAUGUCUUUACCCGAGAACAUCUGCGAGAUCUAUAACGUGUUCAACGUGGUGUCAAAUCAAACUGUAUUAAAUGCUCUGCUGUUUGUCAGAAAUGUUUUCUCAUCACCGCCUGAGCGCCGCAGUUUUUGACAGGAUGAAAUGUAUCGCAGUUUGGUUCACCCAAAUUACAGCAAGACAAGUUUUCUCACUUACGUUGCUGUGCAGCGGUUUUCAAAGUGGGUGUUGAGAGACGGAUUAAGGGCAGCGCAGGGGUCGCUCGGGUCUGUUGUUUCAUUAAUUGCAGUUUUAUCUUCAGACAUGUGAGAAAGAAAAAAACAUGCAUCAAAGGUGUUGUAGUAGCAAGACUAAGGUCAGUGUUAAGCCUUGAUUAUACUCCCUUGUGGACAUGCACACGGACGGGAGGUUGUUGUUGUACUAUUUUGUAGUCUGUUUGGAUCAGUCUGUUCCGUACAUGCACCAUAGAUCGGCAUCUACGUAUUGUAAGCAUGCAAUUACUGCUUACGGUGCUUAACCCCGCAGAGACUCUCAUGGAUUUGGGAAGAUCAUUAAAUUUGCAUUACGUGGAUGCAGAAAGUAUUGCACUUUCUGUAUGAGUCGUGUCCACAGGGAAAUUUUGGACACAAGGGGUAGCACCGCUUCCCGGCGUUGGACGCUUGACGGGCGUACGACUAAGCAGAGUCACACACUCUAACAGCAAACACUUCACUGAUAAUGUGAUUCUAAAAACAUCUUGAGGAAUUAGCUGUGCAGCUGCUGAAUCUGUCUUUCAUUUUACGUCAACAGUUAGUUUAGGAGCUCUUCAAGGGUCUCCAGAGGUGGAGAGUUGAAGCUGGAUGCCCCUGGAUAUUUGCAUAAGGUAGCAGAUAGAUCCUAAAUUUCUGCAUGAAGGACACUCAACUUUACGCCCUGUGUCUCAAAAUGCAAUGUGUUGCUACCAGAAUGCUGCUUCUUACUUAGACAAUGACUGGAAAAUGUGUAAAUGAAGGAGCUUGUUGACGCGUACUGCUAUGCUAACCGAACCUGUGCAUACAGGACGGUCCGCAUGAUAUAAAUUUCCUUUGUCUUCCCAAGUCUGCGAGAGUCUGUGAAGCCUAAACUUUGCAUCUUGUGGCUAGCUAUAACUUUUAAAGAUUAUAUCGCAAAUCCAAUCGCAGUGCCAUUCUGAAUUGGGUACCGUGGGUAUGAGUGUGAGUGUGCCCCUCGCAACCCUCUAGUGGAUAAAGCAGGUAUUGCUAAUGGGUUGAUUUAUUUUACCCAAACUGUUUAGCCACAUUAUCGGCUAAUGGACACAUAAAACUUUGACCUGAUGACGGUGCUACAGGAAAGGUUGGGGGGAACACUAGGGUAUUACAGUUUAUCUUUACAGAGACAUAAAAAUUAUAUGUUCAUUAAUCCAACAGCAGUUGAGAAACUGACCUGGAUGACAACCUGCAUACAUCCGAACAUCAGUCUUAUUCGUUCAAAAUAAUUCUGGUGACAUGUCUCUGAAGCGUCACCACACUGAAACAUGUUGCUGAACUCACUGUGGGUUUAAACCAGUUUGGGAACCGCUGCUCUCGUGGUGUCCAGCUGUGCAGAUCGAGCGGGUUUGAGAUUUGUGUGUCAGAUUCAGUGCAAGUGGAUGCUACUCUGGGUAAUCCACAAAACACACGGGACACAGUUUUUAGACAGAGUAUUUCUUCAGUAGUAGUAGUAGUUUUUAUACGAGGUCAGUGUCACUGUGAGUAAGUAAACCCAAACUCUCUGCGUAGCCGGACAGCACAAGGGGAGAGUGAGAAUAAAUGUGAUUAUUUUGGUGGUAAUUUGGGUGAACGUGUGCCUGUCGAGUCGUUUUACUUCAUUCACUUUGACAGAGUUGCCAGCGCGACCACAGUCUGCUGCCGACUACAGUCUGUGGGAGUGUUUCUUCGCAGAUGCUCUAAAAAUACCCGACUGAGAAGAGAAUCUGCUGUUUCCUGGUUUACUUUUACCUCCCGGUGUUUUAAGAACUCUUUCUAUUCUGUGGCUGUUUGUUCUGCGUGUGCUCUCGGCCUGCAGCGGUCGAAGGUUAACACGACGACACGCAGGCAACACCUUUAGGCAACGGAGACGAGCGAUACUGCCAGCAGCAGCAAUAAAAGUUGGCGACGGGAUUGGAACGAAAAACCUGUAAAUCAAAGGAAAAGCUGCGUGAAGCUGAAGUACAGAUGGUGGAUCCAAAGAGCUGCGAGUUGGCUCUCUGUGUUGCCUCAACAUGUUGCUGUGCAGGUUUGGUGAAGUUUGAAAAAUGAAUGUGAUUAUUUUAAGAUGCGGGAAAAGAUUAAAGAAACAAUACCGAUCCUGAUGCCUAAACAACACAGUGACUUCUGAAGAACUGGCUGCUCUGCAUGUUUUAACCUGUUGGCUGCAUAAGUGACGCUAUACUUCUGGUCAAAAGACACAAUUUUGGUUUGAAUCUGGGCUCUGAAUUUUGCAAUAAACAACAGAAACUAUGAGAAAUCAUCUGAGCUGCAUUGCAUUAAAGGUAAAAACUGUGGGACGACUUAAAGCUACAAAAAGCUGCAGCGAUUAGAGAAAGACAAUGUGCUCACUUGUACUUUUCUUCUGCAAACCGCGUGGUGCAUUUAGGGGCGCUCGGAAAUAGGAGAAGUCUGCUAAAACAAACAAAAAGAAGAAUUAAUGAGACAUGAAUGAGCCAAAACCCCAACAAUAAGCAAACACAGACAUCCUUUAAAUGCACUCAUAAUAACAUUUAGGAUUUAGAAGCUUGGGGAUGAUUGAGGAUUUCUGAAAACGUCAUCUCACUUAGUAGUAAUUACAGUUUUAGACCUGGAGCUGCAAAAUAAAGAAGAUCGAGUGUUCUUAACAGAUGUUUGUGCGCGUUGUAACGGAGCUGCAUGAGGCGUGGAAUGAAUUAUGCAUGUUUAUGGAGUCGUUACAACAUGUACAAAAAGCUUAUUUCCAUUCAAAAAAUAACAGUCGACAUCUGUUUUAGGCCUAAAAAACUGUUGGUUUUUUUGAGCGUGUGUUUUUGUAUUUUGCAAAAAGAAAAAGAAAAAAACGUCAAUUAAACUCAUUAAUCGUCGCCUACGCCUGUGUUGUGAGAACCUGAUUUCCGAGAUGGAUUUUUAACAUCCUGCUAAGACAACAACAAACUAAAGUAAUUUAUCACACAAUUGAACAAACAGUAACUUACUGUUCACUGUGAUUAAGGCGACUUGGAUCAACUUAAACCAGGACUUAAAGUGAGAAAAUCAUUCUGAAAAAACUGAAGCACAGAAUAAUCUGACUGGAUGAAAGAAAAAAAAAAAAUCUUAACUCAAGGGCCACUUACUAUGUUCCAGAGCUUUCUACCUCAUGUUUGCUUAUAGUUAUGUGCUAUAUAAGGUUGUGAACUUCUGUAAUCAUAAUCAAAAGCCUCCCAUCUCUAUGAUCACUCAGCUGGGGAAGACUGGGAGGUUUAGUCUGAAAGCCCUCGAAAACGCCAGGAAGCAGACCUUGAGUUAACGUGACUAAAUCUUCACGUUAAAGGACGAUUUUUUUUGCCUAUUUGGCGCAAAUCAGCAGCAGGAAAAUCUGAUUUCUUAGACAUCUAAGUUUAAAAAAAAGGAAGAUUAGCUCGACAAACUUUUUUUCACUUUGAAGAGUCUGUUUGGUUCCCGGCCGCCGGUGAAGCAGAUAAACAUCCAGCAGCCGGUUUUUGGUUUUAUCUGACUCGCUCAGCCGGCCGGACACACACUCCUGGAGCAGAUUAAGCAAUAACGAAGCGGCGGUGAUGCUGCGGGAGAGUGUUGGUGAAGUCGGCUCUCUGCACCAAAUGAUGCAACUUUGAGGCCGUCAGCCGUCGAGGGCGGAGGUGCUGAAAUCUGGGAUGCAAAGCGGCCGCUGUAAAAGUCACGGUUCAUCAGGCGCUUUCAAAGUGGACUCGAUCGUUUUGUUCAGGUUUAAUAAAAGAGGACAAAGCAGCAGUUUAUUGAUUCCUAGUUACUGUAAAGAAGAGAUUCAUGUCACGGCCUCAGUUUGAGGAGGUUACAUCAUCCUCUUUCAUCUCCGACCCGAAUCUCUCGUCUGACUGGAACUGCCGUUUGAUGUAGUGUUGUUCUGGUUGCUGGAAGGCGGCUGCCUGCAGGAAUCAAAGUCUAAAUUAACGGGUCGUGUUCCCUAAAUCUGCGCUACAACUCUCAGCGGCUGAUUUGGGAGUUUACACGGCAGAACAAACAACAUUUUAAAAAAGGGUAGAUCAUAAUGAGAGGGCUGGUUCGGUGCCACAAAAGAGGUUAUAAGUUUGCUCUGCGAGUUUUGAAUCACUUACACCGUUUAAUGCAGAUUGCAAAACUGCUGCCGAGCAAUUUUUUUCGAGGCAAAGUACUUUAUAGAUUCUCUUCUUCGUGCAGUGAUGCAAAACAUUUACAUAAAACAUAUUUCUGUGGGAAGCAGUGACCGAUUUGUCCUUUUCGGUGCAUUCAAGGACCAUCCGAAACCCCAGAAGUCUUCGUAAAAUACUGACAAUUUAAAUCACUAACACAGACAAUUAAACGUGGAUGUCGGAAAAAACAAUCAUUGUUUGUUGAAAAUAAUAAAGGUUUUGUUCUGGCAGUUGAAGCGGAAGUCUCUGAUGUCAGACUGCCCUUGAACGCUCUGAACACAGAGAGCUUUCAGUCUUUGAUGAUUAAAACUAUAAAUACAAAAGUGCUCAUUGUCUGCACAUUGAUUAUCCAUAAAGUCAAACCAACCAACAAAAGAAAAAGCCUCCCUUGUGGAUGUGCGAUGAAGAUGAAAGCUCAUAAAGGAGUGAAACAUUUAAUUUAGAUAAAAAUGCCAAACUUUAACUGCUUCUAGCUUCUCAGAAUAAGGAUUUGCUGCUGCUCUCUUCUUAUUGUCAAUGGAAACUGAAUUUUCCACAACUAAUCCUGUGAUGGAAGACAAAAUCACCAGAUUGAUGGACAAUAAAAACAGCUGGUUUCAGUAUUUCUUUGGUACCAACUGAAAUGUCUCCUAAAAUUGUCAAAAAAAAACAAAAACUGGGAUUGAUUGUUGCAUAAGAUGUGUCAUUUUGAUGCAUUUGUCUUUAUGUAUUUUCAGAUUUACAUAAAAAAAAAAAAAUAGCCCUUGUUUGCUUUGAAAUUCUUGUUAGAUAUCUCAAAUCUGCACAGCAAUUCACAAACAGUAAAGUCUGGAACUAUAAACUUUUAAGUUCCCAACCCUAGGAAUCAGUCAGACGUGUAUGUCUUGUAUGUAAAGAACAGCCAACAGUACCUGAAUGCUUCUUUAAAUCGUCCCACAGAGCCUCUCGAUGUUAUUGUCACUUUUGCACUGAACAGGCCACACAUGCAGACAGACAGUCUGGUUUCCAAGAAGCUACAAUAAAAGUGAGCAGGAAUAUAAUGGUCUGGCAUUACACCUACAGAGCAGACGUCAUCAUUUCUAAAUGCUUUUACUUUGAAAUCCAACUGUGACCUGCUCCAAAAUCUGAUUGGAGAAAGAAAACUAAGUGAUCUGCAUUCGUAGAGACACAAAAAGACAAACCAAGGAACAAGACUCUUCGUCUGUCUGAAGGCUGCUGAAGCUUAAUUAAAAGGAGAAGCUGAUGUUCACUUGUGUUCCGACUGAUUAGGAAUGUUUUCACUGGGUGCUACUACGGGGACGCUGGCUCAUUUUAUAAAAGGGUUUUUGUAUGAGGAUGCACUUGUAACCUUGAAAAUAAAUUUGUUUAUUCAUUUCGUGGUUCUCGUCCUCUAAACGUGCUCUCUGUGAUUCAGCUGGAGAGGCGGAGGGGGAACAGAGACGCUGUGACGCGACUGAACAUGGACUCACAGCGCCACCCAGUGGGCCACACCAGAAUGACAAUGUAAUAAUGUCAAACACUAUUAUGUUUACCUUACUGCUAUUAAUUAACAAUGUGGAUGAUGGUGUAAAUAAAGGCUACUGUGGAAUAUUAA